CUGUACUGUGGCAACGAAUGCGUUAAUAAACGCAUUUCAUUUUAUUUCCUUACUCCGAUCACUGGUCACCUCAGCGAUUACUCUGUAGAAAGUAUGGCGGGGAAAUUAUAGCCAAUGAAAGUACAGUUUGGGUUGUUGAGAAUUGCCAAUCAGAACGCUUGUGGCAGACAAGGCGCCGUCUGGCGGCUUUUUUUCAGGCUCUGCCUCUUUUUUUCAACAUAGCCCUGUAAUCUGGACGUGUUCGUCAUUAAGGGGGUAGUGGUGGCAUAGCCAACCUCAAAAUUAAGGGUGUCAUGGACGAUAAAUUCGCUGCAAAAUUUGUCUCUCACAAAAUUAGCAGAACUCGCUGGCGCCCAGUGUCGGCCUCGUCGCUGCAGCAACCGGAUGUGUUUGCUACGGGUUCCUGGGAUAAUGAGGAAAACAAGGUAUGUGUGUGGGCCACUUCAGACUUUGGGGCCAUAAGUCUAGAAGAAGAAUACCAAGGAGAUCCUAAACAACUGUGUGACAUCAGACACAUUGGCGAUGUUAUGGACAUGCAGUUUUUAGAUCAGGAGAGGAUUGUAACUGCCUCAUCCACAGGAACUGUAACAAUCUUUCGCCAUCAUGAGAACAAUCAGACUUUAUCAGUAAACCAAAAGUGGGAACAGGCACAUUAUCAUGUUGGAUCAAACAUGAGAGCUCCUUGCACUGGCAUUGUAUGUAGCAGUCCCGAAAUCGUUUCUGUUGGGGAGGACGGCCGAAUAAACUGUUUCCGUGCUGAGAGCAGAGAUGUUGUGAGAACAAUAGAUGAUGCAGACAGCAGUACUAUGCAUGGAGUAACAUUUCUUCGUACAACAGAGAUACUGACUGUGAAUUCAGUAGGCCAACUAAAGUUGUGGGAUUUGAGAAAGCAAGGCAAUGAUCCUACCCAGAUCUUCUCUGUAACUGGUGAAAGAGUUCCUCUGCAUUGUGUCGACCGUCAUCCUAACCAACAGCAUGUUGUGGCAACAGGGGGACAGGAUGGCAUGCUGUGCAUCUGGGAUGUCAGACAUGGCAAAAUGCCAAUGUCUCUGCUUAAUGCUCAUAAAGCAGAAAAAGCUGAAAUGACAGAAAUGACAGUUCAUAUGGGGUAUGUUCACAUUGGGGCCCCUACAUGCCAGUGUGGGAAGUACAUUUCCAUCCGUCAAACCCUGAUCAUUUGUUUACUUGCUCUGAGGAUGGCUCUUUGUGGCACUGGGAUGCAUCAGCUGACACUGAAAAGCCUACCUUUCUCAUUGGGGGAAGGAGCACCUUUAACAUUUCACGUAGCAGUAUAGCCCAUACUAAUGCUAAUCAGUCCCUGGCUUGUGUUUGGCUUAGUACAGACCCUACUAAAGGCCAUCUAGAAAUCACCAACCUCUUGCCAAGCUCAACACUGUCUGUGAAUAGUUUGGAUGUUUUAGGGCAAAACCUUGUCUGUGGAACUGAUGCAGAAGCAAUUUAUGUUACCAGAAGACUCUUUUCAUAGCUUGGUUAAGUGCAGAUUCUUUUCUAAAUGUGUAUAGCUUCUUCGUAAUAAAAAUGUCUAUUAUAAGUUUCAUAAA